GAGCACAUUUCAACCCUCCCAGCCGUUCCUACAUGCAGGGAAGCGUCCAGAAACAAGGAACCAGCGAGAGAAUGCUCUCUUUUGGUUCCUGGCAGCGGUCAGUGGCACACGUGAGCUCCGUAGGGGAGCUCCUUGGGGCGAAGAGUUGGGCGUUCCAAGACGUCUGCCCUUAACACCGGCCCACUUGCCCUGCUGUUCCUUAAACCUCCCACUGGCCAGAGAGCCUACUUAAUUUAACCUGCUGAAUGCCUGCCAACCAGCGUGGUCUUAUGUCCUACUUUCCAGACAACAGUCCUCAGCUUGGAAGCAUCUUUUCUUGGAAAGGUUAAGGCGUUGCCCCAUUGAACGGAAGGCAAAGAACCCUCCAGAGGAAGAGCACGACGGACCUGGCUGGCGCCAUCAAGACUUGAGCCCCGGGGAAGUGGACGGAAGAGGCACGUGGGUCCCAGGUGCAGCAGCUUCUUUAUGGCAAGAAAUGGAAAGGUGGCGUUUUAGCAUCCAUCAAAAUCUGCUGCUACUUCGGAGCUGAACAGGAGACAAACAUUCAUGGGGUUAGAGAAGGACAUUUGAAGGUGCCUUCUUACUGCAUAAGAUCUUGAUUGCAAAUAAGACUUCUGCAGAAGAGCAAGUGAACCACCAAGAAUGCUGUUCUUCUUGUCCCAUUUCCUUUUCCUGCUGCAAGGUAUUUGUGGCAGCGGCAGGCACGGAGAAGACUUCAGGUUUUGCGCUGAGCGGAUGCAAACGGAAAAAGGCCACCUCCGCUACAAGAGCCAGGAGAACGCAAUCAGUAUAGCAAACAGCGCGUCCGAACUGGCAGUGAGUGCGCCGUUCUCACCAGAACGUCAGCAGAACACCAAUAUUUCGGAAUCCAGGACGUGGCCCCUGCCAGAACUCCCGGGCAGCUAUCGCUUCUGUGUCUACUGGUUUCAGCAUGCACGCAUUUUCAUGCUCAGCUACGGCAGCACCAAAAAUUACACCUUGAGUAAAGGCGCUGCUUAUUUCCUCAAUUCUCCCAACAUAAGUGGAGAAGCAACAGAAGGAGGCACCCGCCUGCUGUUCAAUGUCUCUUAUGCCUUCGACAAAGGCUGGCAGAACAAAUCCCUUCCCAGCUCGUCAGCCUACUUCUUCCGCUUCACAGAUUCUGGAAAGAGGAGGCAAGAAAGCAAAUCUGACCAAAGAAGUGAUGUGGAAAGCGAGUUCAGAAUCGCAGAAGCAAAGCUGAAGGACUUGGAAAUGGCCAGGAGGCUGCCCAGACAUGGGCAGAGCCACAACGAAAGCCCGUUCGUGGCUCUCCAGCACUUGGAGUCUGCAUUGGGAGCCAUGGAGUUCCAGGGGCAGAACAAGAGUUUUGGGGAAGGAGCCCUGCUGCGCGCCAGCAUCUGGAAGGUCCCCUCCCGCGGUCCUCACGAGCUGCUCGUCAGGUCUCAGCUGCAGGUGAGUGCGGUGGAAUCCGCAAGGAGCUGAGCUAGCCAGAGAAGGCCUGAACCAUA